AUGAAACAUGGGAACAACAGUAGACUAUGGGCCACUGAAGCUCGGAAGAUUUUUAAACAAGAUGAGAGCCAAACAAAGGUCGAAGCUCUGUGUCUUGACAUGGAUACCACUGAGCAAAAUGACAUGGAUGAUCGAUCGCAGACCUGUUUGACUGCUGAUGAAUUUAAAAGAGUGCCAAAUCUCCAUCUCCUCAUUUUGGAUCACUUUGAUAUCAAGCAUGAUUUUAGCAAUCUUCUUUUGAAGUUACUUUGGCUCCGUUGGCAUGGUUGUCCAAUAGCGUUUAAUGUAAUCAAUUUGAAUUUGGUGGACUUGGUCAUUCUCGAUUUACCGUGGAGCAAGGUAACUGAAGGUUGGGAGGGUUGGAAUAAUAUAAAGUUGUCAAGGAAAAUGAAAGUCUUAAUUCUCAGAGGCUGUGUUGACUUGAUACAAACUCCAAACUUCUCUAAUUUCAAGGCUUUGGAGAUACUGAUUUUAGAAUAUUGCUCUCAUUUGGUUCAAAUUGACCCAUCGAUUGGUCAGUUGCAACAUUUGCAAAUUUUAGAUCUGAAAUUCUGCACUGACCUCAGUAACUUGCCCAGAGAACUUGAUUCUCUGGAAGCUUUGAGAGAGCUCCGACUUGAUGGAACUUGUGCAGAAGAUAUUGUGGUCUCCGAAGAUAUGAAGCAUCUUAAAACUGUCAGCGCCUGCAACUGUAAAUCAUUGGCACAAGUAUCUAGUGAAAUUGGUGAUAUAAAAUCUCUAGAAUUUCUUUCGAUGGAUGGCUCUGAACUUAGGACACUCCCAGAUUCCAUUGAGAGGCUAGAAAAGUUGAGACAACUGUCUCUGAGGGAUUGUCGGUUGAUGUGGAAACUUCCAGACGCCAUUGGAAAAUUGACAUCAUUAGAGAAUCUGGAUCUCUCGAGCACAGGAAUAGAUAAAUUACCACGUGCCAUUGGCAAUAUGUGAAAUUUGAAGGUGCUGAAAAUGGAUGGAAGUUUCAUUAGAAAGUUCCCUCAAUCUAUUGGAACGCUGAAGAAGCUUGAGGAGAUUCAUGCAUCACGCUGCAGGAGUUUGGAAAAAAUUCCUGAGGAGAUCAAAGGUUUGUCUAGUUUGAGAAUUUUGGUGUUGUCAUAUACCAAUAUUCCCAGCCUACCAGAGAACAUCUCUAGUCUUUCCCAUCUCCAAAACCUUGAUUUAUAUGGCUGCGACAAUCUUCAUGCGGUUCCUCUGCUUCCCUCUAGUUUAGCCGCUUUGCAUCUCACUUAUGACUCAAGUAAAUUGAAGUCUUUGGAUAUUUCAAAUCUGACCAAUCUCAAAGAGUUGUGCCUUGCCAAUUAUGUGGAGGAGGCAUCUCCUGGCGCAGACGGAUAUUUAAUGGUGGAGCCGCUCAGCCUUUCUGGGAUUGGUGAAGUGAGAAAAGUUGAGACCUUGAAGUUGUGCCUCUCAGGCUUCAGUACACUGCCAGAAAUGGGUGCUCUUUCACAACUAAGGAAGCUUGAUCUUCAAUGUCCAGAUCUGCAACACCUCCCACAACUACCCAAAAGUUUGAAAAAACUGACCCUCCGUGACUGCAAGUCCUUAAAGACAUUGCCCGAAUUCGAGUAUCUUAAGUCUUUAUCUGGAUUGGAGCUUCUCUCAUGUUCAGUAAUGGAAAUCCAAGGACUUGGAAAUCUCUCAUCCUUGGUAGCCUUGCUUAUUUCUCACUGUGAGCUGGUAAAGCUAGAUGGCCUCGAAUGCUUGACAUCCCUGAGAACAUUGACCGUCUCAUAUUGUGAUUCCCUUCAAGGAUUGCCAGAUUUGUCAAACUUGAAGCAGCUGAGAACAUUUAAUAUCCAACAUUGCAAGAACAUACCUCGAAAGGACAGCCUCUAGUAGUCGAGUUCCCUAGAAAGGCCUGAUAUUUUCGAAGUUCAUGGUAGGCCACUGAUAUAAAUUAGGAGUCGAGAGAGAUCCAUUUCAUGCUUCCUCAAGCAAGUCUGAAGUUUCUGAGGUACAUUCUAAAGUUCGUGCGUCUUUACAAUUUAAUGGUGAGCCAUAAGUUCCAGUUCCAUUGUUUGGACUUCCUUGUAACUGCAAUUCUUCCUUCUUCAAAGUUUCUUUUUUAUCUUUUCCCUUCUAUAGAGAAUGCAAUAUCUUUCCUUUAUGAAAUUAUUCUCAACAAGGCCCAGAAAUCGCCUGGUUUACUUUCCUAGCCUUGAAGAGAAUACGUACUGUUUCUGAUGACUUAGAAUGGAAUGCAUAUUACUUAUACAGUUCAACUUCA